AUGACUGAAAAUCACGAAUCUAUCGAGGAACCUGCCGCGGGAGGUUCAUCGACAUCAAACGUCGAGACCCUAAACCGCGUUGAUAGACCUCCUAUAGUAUCUCGCUACAGCUACGCAGAAAUGGACCCGUCCAUGGAGCAGAACCUGGAAUACGAAUUGGAGCAUCAAAAUAAAGAACAGAUGGCACUCGACUUGGAGAUGUCCAAGGCACACAGGCCAAAGACAGAACCCCCUUCCAGGCGCUGGAUUGUCCUCGCGACAGCGACUCUGGGCGCGUUAUUUGUAUCGCUCCAGGGCUCAGCACUGAUUGUGGCCCUACCAGACCUUAUGCGGAGCCUCAAUAUCGACUUUGCCACAAUUAUUUGGGUGCUGUUGACAUAUACCCUGGCUAUUACGGCCGCAGUACCGUUCCUGGGCUACAUUGGCGAUGCUGGUUUGAGGGGCAUUCGCUGCCGAAUGUUCAACAUUGGAUUCCUCGUAUUCACCCUCGGCUCCUUGCUCUGUGGUCUCGCCCAAAAGAAGAACAACGGCUACGACCUCUUGGCCUACCGCGUGGUACAGGGUCUUGGCGGCGCGCUUCUCUUCUCAAACUGUUUCGCACUUGUCGCCGACAAAUUUUACGCGUACAACCAAGUCGGUCUUGCCAGUGGCAUCAUCAACAUUGCAUUCGCUGCAGGGACGAUUCUGGGGCCCGUUAUUGGAGGCGCUACUGUCAAGGCGAGCUGGAAGUGGGUGUUUUUCUUCAACUUGCCCUUUGGCGCUCUAGGAACGAUCACUGGAUUCAUCUUUUGCCACGAUACGGUUUACUCGCACAUCCAAUACGCAUCUUUUAGCAAGCUGAUUCGGACCUUUGACUACAUUGGAUUCGUCAGUCUGACUGCGAGCAUUACUCUACUGUUCGUGGUCGUUGUCAGCGCCUUGUUCCCGAACGGCAAAGUCUCAGAGAACGGAUCCUUGAUCGGCAUGGGGGUCGCGUUAGGAAUCAUGUUCCUUGUCUUUCUAAUCCAGGAAACUUUUGUUCGUGGAGGUAGCCGGUUUAAUGCUGCUAAGGCGCCGUUUAUGGAUUUCAGACUCUUCACGAACUGGGUCUUCAACAACACAGUCGUCCUCGGAGGCUUGGCAGGAGGUGUUGCCAGAACCAAUUUGACGUUCUCGUACAUCUUCUUCUUCCAGGGUCCUUAUAGCAAGAGCCCGCUGAUGGCUGGUAUUCUACUGAUUCCUUUUGGUCUCGGCAUCAUGAUUGCGGGUAUGCCCUCUGGCAAAUUAGCCGAUACGAUCGGAUUCCGGUACCUGUGUUUUGUCGGUCUAGCCCUCGCAUCGGUCGCAACGCUGAUCAUGCCCAUCGUGGUCAAACCAGACACCAACACUUGGUCUAUCUCUGCACUCUUGCUCGUCAAUGGCCUCGGCUGGGGCCUCUACUCCUCACCCUCGGCCUCAAUCUCCAUGCUCUGCAUCCUCCCACAGCAACGAUCGUCUUCGUCGUCUCUCCGUAUCAUGUUCACGAUGAUCUCCCAAAUGAUCGCAAUCGUCAUCUGCUUCAAGGUCAUCAUCUCGGGUAUGCCGCCCGCAGCUGUGGAGGAACUUUUCAUUUAUGGAGGUGGCAUCGAUGCCCAAUAUCUGGACUCGUUCAUGCAUGGAUGGCGCAUUGUCUGUUGGGUCACUUUUACCAUCACCCUGAUCUGUUGUGUCUGCGCCUGGGCCCUUCCUGUCCGGCCUGUUCUUGCCACAGAAGAAUCCGACUCUGAAGAGGCCAGUGUUACGGAGGCCAAUACCACCAAGUAAACAGGAUAGACUUGACAGAGAGAUGUGUUAGUUAAUCAGUUAAUGAAGUGAAUGCAUUCCGCUUGUGUUUAUUACGAAAUUUGGGUUUGCAGGACUAGCAGCAUGCUGAUGCUGAACCGGAAAAGAACAUAUGAUGACUAAGCUGAUGACGGUGGACUUGUAUUCGGGACCGGUCCUGUUGCCGGUCUUGUCUAGGAUCUCAGUUACUAGUUCUGCCAGCUGCAGAUCGGUCCAGAAAAUCAUUUGAAUCAAAACUGCGCCGAUGAAGACGGAACAGAGAAUAGCCGCUCAACUGAUCUUCUAGAUUUCGCGCAUUCAGAUUGACGGGCUUAGUGGCAGAAGCCGCCUCACAGAUAGAGAGUACGAGUGAGAAGAUGGCGGGCACCAAGGUAGCCGUGACAGAAUGGAUCGCAGGAGAUUUCAUGGUGAAUAAAGACUGGAGAACAGAUCGGAUAUUAGGAUGAGUUGAAAAAACAAAAAAAU